AAUAAAAAGCCAGAAGUUGUUGGCCUCAACUACCAACUUUUAACUGAUACAACCUCUGCUUACACUUACGAGAGAUACGACGUCGUCUGUACCCUCAUCAAUGUCCACAACCAGCUCGCCGGCGACGUCGUCGACGUCCUAUCCCUCAUCUUCGUCCACAACCAGCUCGUCGGCGGAGCCCCCAACUCCGCUGCUGCUAUCACUGAUUCCAUCCCUCCCAAACGAUGUCGCACUGAAUUGCCUGGCACGAAUUCCGCGGUGCUAUCACCCAACGCUUUCUCUCGUCUCCAAAUCCAUCCGUUCCGCCGUCUUCUCCCCCCAACUCUACACAACUCGCUCUCUCCUCAACUGCACACAACAUUUUCUCUACCUCUCCAUCCGCCUCCCUACCAGUCGCUCCUUCAUCUGGUACAGUCUGUUUCAAUACCCACCUACCCCAACGAGCGGUAGAAAGAACAUCGUCUUAGCUCCUGUCUCGCCUAUUCCCCCCCCAUCCCUCAUUGGUUCUGCAUUCGUCUCCGUAGGCCCUUUCAUCUACGUUAUCGGCGGUUCCAUCAACGACGUCCCGUCUACCCAUGUGUGGGUUCUCGACUGCCGUUUCAACAUCUGGCACGCCGCUCCGAAUAUGCGGGUGGGCCGCGAGUUCGCAGCAGCGGGACUCGUAGGGGAUAAGAUCUACGUGAUCGGCGGCUGCGUGGCCGACACUUGGACGCGAUCCAAGAACUGGGCUGAAGUGUUCGACCUCAAGAAGGAAUCGUGGGAGCCCGUCGUCUCGAAUUCUGUGGAAAACCGCGAGAAAUGGAUCCAUGCGAGUGCAGUAAUCGAGGGUAAGAUUUACUCGAUGGGAGACCGGAACGGCGUCGUUUAUGAACCGAGCAAGGAGAUGUGGGAGGAGGCGGAGGGGGAGCUGGACUUGGGAUGGAGAGGGAGAGCGUGCGUGAUCGGAGAGGUGUUGUAUUGCUAUGAU